GUCACCGUGCGCCCGGCGCGGGCGUACCCGGACCCGCUCUCCCGCCGCCCCGGGGCUCCGCGGGCCCCUCCAGCGCCUGAGGCCCCUCCAGCGCCUGAGGCCCCGCCCGGCCCCGCCCCGCCGCGCAGGCCAAUGGCAGCAGCGGGGCGGUGGCUGACGUCACGGCGCUGCCCGCAGGCGCGGGGCGCAGUGGUCAGUGCGUGUCGUGCCGCCGCCGCGCCAUGUCGCGGAUCAGCCCGCAGGAGGAGAACCUGCAGGGUUCCUGGGUGGAACUGCACUUCAGCAGCAAUGGCAACGGCAAUGGGAGCACCGUCAGUGCCGGGAGCCAGGAGCAAGUGCCAGCCUCCAUCUCCAUUCACAACGGUGACAUGGAGAAAAUACUCCUUGAUGCUCAACACGAAUCUGGAAGAAGCAGUUCAAGAGAGAGCUCACACUGUGACAGCCCUCCUCGUUCCCAGACACCUCAGGACAGUCACAGAGCUUUGGAAAUAGAGAGUCACAGCAGUGGAGAAAAGAACAGCUUUCAGUCCGAAGAAGAUUUCCUUGAAAGGAGGAGGGAAGUGGAAAGGCUGCUGAAGAAGAAUGCGGAUUGGAUUUGGGAUUGGUCCAGCAGACCGGAGAACAUCCCCCCAAAGGAGUUCCUUUUCAAGCACCCCAGGCGCACGGCCACCCUGAGCAUGAGGAACACCAGUGUGAUGAAGAAAGGGGGGAUAUUCUCAGCAGAAUUCCUGAAGGUUUUCCUCCCAUCUCUGCUGCUUUCCCACUUGCUCGCCAUCGGACUGGGGGUGUACAUCGGGCGGCGCCUGACGACCACAGCUUCCAGCAGCGCGUUUUAGAGGCACCUCAAGCCUGGUUUCGGAGCAGAGCCUGGGAAUACGGGAGGGAAGGGCAGGAAUGUCGAGUGAGCCGUGACUCCAUGACCCGUGUGCUCCCAGUUUAGUGAGAGGGGAACAGGGACACCGGUGCUGACGUCUCCUGCAGCCAUUCCCAGAGCAUGUUCCGAUGCGUUCACGUCUCUUGUGUUGCUUUGUAGUGCAGUAUCUUUGCGAAUCAGAACAACUCCAUGUUUAAAGGCAGCCCUGCUCCAGCGUAGCCGUAGUGAUUCUGAGUGUUCAUCCCCUGCUGCUUCUGUGCUUCGUAGAUGUGAGUAUUGGUCACUGCUGCCGCCAUCGCGACGAUAAGGGAUGAGCCCCACACGGUGCGUGGCCUCGUGUCACAGCGGGUGUGGGGAGGCUUCACGCGGGGUGUGAGUAGCGGGGGGACACUGUCAGCCGGGAGCACUUCACCUCUGAGUAAAGCUCCACCAGUAUUUACUGUUGAGGGGGGUGCACAACAGCCCGAGUUACAACGUGGACUCUAGUGCCUAAUAAGUAGCUGCUUUGCAAAGGCAUUGAUCUAACUCCCCAACUACUAGAAGUUCUUCUGUUGUAUCUACUCACAGGCCAUUGCUUCUCAGCCUUUUUAUCUGUAAAAUACUAAAUUAGCAGCUGAUCCUGCCCCAUCCCUGUAUAGAUUUCAGAGGGUCGUUUGCUCAGUGUUUUUACUGAUGGAAUGCCUUCCGGUGAUUUUACCUUAUUUAAUGAGAAGAUGAAUGUUUGCCAAAUACCAUGUUUUAUAUAUUUAAAUAAAAAGGUUCCUCGUGGACUUGGUUCUCUCAUUCCUUUUUCUCUGGUGAGUGUUGGAGGUGGCUCAAGGGGCUCUUUGUCUGUAAAGAAGAGUCAAUCACUGGUUACUGCUGUGACUGGCAACUAAGAAGUUUCUCUAGAAAACAACUUCACUGCUGCUUCUUGAACUGGAACAUGGUUGAGAUGAUGCAGAAGUCACUCAGUGAAUGGAAACUCACUGAACUUACAUGUGUGUGUUCUACCCUGCUCAUAAGUUAAAAAUAAACUUGCUUUCUACUCUGA